AUGGGGGUGGGGCUGUCGCCAUGUAUUGAUCCUCUGUGGCUGUGUUGUCAUGUCGGGGGUGUGAUUUGUGGGCAUGCUCGACCUCAGGAGGUGCUCGGGUGGGGAGGCGUUGGCGUGGCAGGUGGGGGGUGGGGGGGGGCGGAGGGGGGGGUGGGGGGGGGGGGGGGGGGGGGGGGGGGGGGGGGGGGGGGGGGGGGGGGGGGGGGGGGGGGGGGGGGGGGGGGGGGGGGGGGGGGGGGGGGGGGGGGGGGGGGGGGGGGGGGGGGGGGGGGGGGGGGGGGGGGGGGGGGGGGGGGGGGGGGGGGGGGGGGGGGGGGGGGGGGGGGGGGGGGGGGGGGGGGGUGGGGGGGGGGGGGGGGGGGGGGGGGGGGGGGGGGGGGGGGGUGGGGGGGGGGGGGGGGGGGGGGGGGGGGGGGGGGGGGGGGGGGGGGGGGGGGGGGGGGGGGGGGGGGGGGGGGGGGGGGGGGGGGGGGGGGGGGGGGGGGGGGGGGGGGGGGGGGGGGGGGGGGGGGGGGGUGGGGGGGGGGGGGGGGGGGGGGGGGGGGGGGGGGGGGGGGGGGGGGGGGGGGGGGGGGGGGGGGGGGGUGGGGGGGGGGGGGGGGGGGGGGGGGGGGGGGGGGGGGGUGGGGGGGGGGGGGGGGGGGGGGGGGGGGGGGGGGGGGGGGGGGGGGGGGGGGGGGGGGGGGGGGGGGGGGGGGGGGGGGGGGGGGGGGGGGGGGGGGGGGGGGGGGGGGGGGGGGGGGGGGGGGGGGGGGGGGGGGGGGGGGGGGGGGGGGGGGGGGGGGGGGGGGGGGGGGGGGGGGGGGGGGGGGGGGGGGGGGGGGGGGGGGGGGGGGGGGGGGGGGGGGGGGGGGGGUGGGGGGGGGGGGGGGGGGGGGGGGGGGGGGGGGGGGGGGGGGGGGGGGGGGGGGGGGGGGGGGGGGGGGGGGGGGGGGGGGGGGGGGUGGGGGGGGGGGGGGGGGGGGGGGGGGGGGGGGGGGGGGGGGGGGUGGGGGGGGGGGGGGGGGGGGGGGGGGGGGGGGGGGGGGGGGGGGGGGGGGGGGGGGGGGGGGGGGGGGGGGGGGGGGGUGGGGGGGGGGGGGGGGGGGGGGGGGGGGGGGGGGGGGGGGUGGGGGGGGGGGGGGGGGGGGGUGGGGGGGGGGGGGGGGGGGGGGGGGGGGGUGGGGGGGGGGGGGGGGGGGGGGGGGGGGGGGGGGGGGGUGGGGGGGGGGGGGGGGGGGGGGGGGGGGGGGGGGGGGGGGGGUGGGGGGGGGGGGGGGGGGGGGGGGGGGGGGGGGGGGGGGGGGGGGGGGGGGGGGGGGGGUGGGGGGGGGGGGGGGGGGGGGGGGGGGGGUGGGGGGGGGGGGGGGGGGGGGGGGGGGGGGGGGGGGGGGGGGGGGGGGGGGGGUGGGGGGGGGGGGGGGGGGGGGGGGGGGGGGGGGGGGGGGGGGGGGGGGGUGGGGGGGGGGGGGGGGGGGGGGGGGGGGGGGGGGGGGGGGGGGGGGGGGGGGGGGGGGGGGGGGGGGGGGGGGGGGGGGUGGGGGGGGGGGGGGGGGGGGGGGGGGGGGGGGGGGGGGGGGGGGGGGGGGGGGGGGGGGGGGGGGGGGGGGGGGGGGGUGGGGGGGGGGGGGGGGGGGGGGGGGGGGGGUGGGGGGGGGGGGGGGGGGGGGGGGGGGGGGGGGGGGGGGGGGGGGGGGGGGGGGGGGGGUGGGGGGGGGGGGGGGGGGGGGGGGGGGGGGGGGGGGGGGGGGGGGGGGGGGGGGGGGGGGGGGGGGGGGGGGGGGGGGGGGGGGGGGGGGGGGGGGGGGGGGGGGGGUGGGGGGGGGGGGGGGGGGGGGGGGGGGGGGGGGGGGGGGGGGGGGGGUGGGGGGGGGGGGGGGGGGGGGGGGGGGGGGGGGGGGGGGGGGGGGGGGGUGGGGGGGGGGGGGGGGGGGGGGGGGGGGGGGGGGGGGGGGGGGGGGGUGGGGGGGGGGGGGGGGGGGGGGGGGGGGGGGGGGGGGGGGGGGGGGGGGGGGGGGGGGGGGGGGGGGGGGGGGGGGGGGUGGGGGGGGGGGGGGGGGGGGGGGGGGGGGGGGGGGGGGGUGGGGGGGGGGGGGGGGGGGGGGGGGGGGGGUGGGGGGGGGGGGGGGGGGGGGGGGGGGGGGGGGUGGGGGGGGGGGGGGGGGGGGGGGGGGGGGGGGGGGGGGGGGGGGGGGGGGGGGGGGGGGGGGGGGGGGGGGGGGGGGGGGGGGGGGGGGGUGGGGGGGGGGGGGGGGGGGGGGGGGGGGGGGGGGGGGGGGGGGGGGGGGGGGGGGGGGGGGGGGGGGGGGGGGGGGGGGGGGGGGGGGGGGGGGGGGGGGGGGGGGGGGGGGGGGGGGGGGGGGUGGGGGGGGGGGGGGGGGGGGGGGGGGGGGGGGGGGGGGGGGGGGGGGGGGGGGGGGGGGGGGGGGGGGGGGGGUGGGGGGGGGGGGGGGGGGGGGGGGGGGGGGGGGUGGGGGGGGGGGGGGGGGGGGGGGGGGGGGGGGGGGGGGGGGUGGGGGGG